UCAGAACUUUUGUUUAGUGUGUUGUGUGAGUUAGUUUCCGCCGCCGGGACAGAGGCGCCGGCCGGACUGGGCCGGGCUCGGGGAAGUUGUUGCUCGGUCGGGCUUGUUUUGCCAGUUGCUGCUGCCGGUUGUGUUUUCCCGCUGUGGGGGUCUGAGCAGCAGCAGCAGCAGCGGGGUAUGCGGGGUGGGGAGCCCAGGCUCUGAGUCGCCGAGCCCCGGUACGGACGCGGAGCCAUGGAUCCCGGGCAGCCUCAGCAGCAAGCCCAGCCCCCGGCGCAGCAACAGGCGCCGCCGCCGGGCGCCCCGUCCGGCCCCGGGCAAACCCCGGGCGCGGGGCCUCCUCCGGCCGGGCACCAGAUCGUGCAUGUGCGGGGCGACUCGGAGACCGACCUGGAAGCGCUUUUCAACGCGGUGAUGAACCCCAAGGGCGCCAAUGUGCCGCACACGCUGCCCAUGCGGCUCCGCAAGCUGCCCGACUCCUUCUUCAAGCCGCCCGAGCCCAAGGCCCACUCGCGCCAGGCCAGCACUGAUGCAGGGUCAGCAGGAGCCUUGACUCCUCAACAUGUCCGAGCUCAUUCUUCUCCAGCUUCGCUGCAACUAGGAGCUGUCUCUCCAGGGACACUUACCCCCUCUGGAGUAGUGACUGGUCCUGGAGCUGCACCUUCUUCUCAACAUCUCCGCCAGUCUUCAUUUGAGAUUCCUGAUGAUGUACCUCUGCCACCAGGUUGGGAGAUGGCUAAGACGCCAUCUGGCCAGAGAUAUUUUCUGAAUCACAUUGAUCAAACAACAACAUGGCAGGACCCUAGGAAGGCGAUACUUUCACAGAUGAACGUUACAGCCCCCACCAGUCCUCCAGUGCAACAGAACAUAAUGAAUUCAGCAUCAGGCCCACUCCCUGAUGGAUGGGAACAAGCCAUGACCCAGGAUGGAGAAAUUUACUACAUAAACCAUAAGAACAAGACCACAUCUUGGCUAGACCCAAGGCUUGACCCACGCUUUGCUAUGAAUCAGCGAAUCAGCCAAAGUGCUCCAGUGAAACAGCCACCCCCACUGGCUCCUCAGAGUCCUCAAGGUGGAGUGAUGGGCGGAGGCAGCUCCAAUCAACAGCAGCAGAUGAGACUGCAACAGCUGCAGAUGGAGAAAGAGAGACUGCGACUGAAGCAUCAAGAACUGCUUCGGCAGGUGAGGCCACAGGCAUUGCGGAAUAUCAAUCCCAGCACAGCAAAUUCUCCAAAACGUCAGGAGUUAGCUCUCCGUAGCCAACUUCCAACUAUGGAACAAGAUGGUGGCUCUCAAAAUCCAGUGUCAUCUCCUGGAAUGGCUCAAGACCUGAGAACAAUGACUACAAAUAGUUCCGAUCCCUUUCUUAACAGUGGGACAUAUCACUCCAGAGAUGAGAGCACAGACAGUGGCCUCAGCAUGAGCAGUUAUAGUGUACCCAGAACCCCUGAUGACUUCCUGAACAGCGUUGAUGAAAUGGAUACAGGUGAUAUCAGCCAAAGUAACAUACCUUCCCAUCAGAACCGUUUCCCAGAUUACCUUGAAGCCAUUCCAGGGACAAACGUGGACCUUGGGACACUGGAAGGAGAUGGGAUGAACAUAGAAGGAGAGGAACUAAUGCCAAGUCUGCAGGAGGCUUUGAGUUCUGACAUCCUUAAUGACAUGGAAUCUGUGUUGGCAGCCACCAAACUAGAUAAAGAGAGUUUUCUUACUUGGUUAUAGAGGCCUCAGGGAGACUGCAUUGUAAAUCUGUGAAGGAUCUAAGGAGAUAAGACAUCUGUGCCUGAAGUUCAAAACAAGCCAAUGUGGCAUACUUUUGGUUUGUGGUCAGAAAAAAUAAACGAACAAAUAUUCAACAAGAUUCUUUCAUUCAACAUUUUGCUCUUCCUUGUCCAUCGCUGCUGUUAUAGAUUGCUGACCUCUCUCACAGUUGACUCUGAAGAAUAGACAUCUUUGUGAUCUUUUUCUAUUGCUGUUUCAACUACUGUUCAGUUGGGAGCAGGGGGAUGAUGAGCCUGUUUGGAUGACAAAUGCCAUUCCUUUUGUACUAAUAUGCGCUUGCAUAUCAUUUUAUCUAAGGACUCAGAUUUGUGAGUUAACAUCUGCAUGUCGCCACUUGUAGUUUGCUCAGCUAGUUGUCUCCUCUGCUGCCUGUGGCAAGUGGUAAAACACAACUUACUGGUCUGAAAAGCCCAAAAAAGAUGUAUCUGGUCAAAAGAAGUCAAUAUUGAUUUGCAGAUAUAGCUCAAAGGAGGGCUGAAGACUGUUUGUUUGACAUUAAGUAUUUGUUACUGCUAGCUCUUUCGGUAGGCAACAGAAUGUUCUUGUUCUUAUUUUAUGGUAUAGUAAAUCAUGAGUCAUUUUAUAUAGAAACUUAUAUCAACUUUGAUUUUUACCACAUAUUCUAGGCUAACUUUUGUCAGUCAAAAACUAGAGGAGUUUUUGUUUUGUUUUCUGUUUUGUUUUGUUAGUGAAUUUAAUUAUAGCUGUAGCUUGGGAUGUAAUUGUAGGUGUUCUUUUUUAACAGUGAAAUCUACAUUUUCUGAUUUCACAGUCUUAUUUAAGUCUCAAUUGUCUGCUUUUUUUAUAUAUCUAAAAUGUCUAUUUUAGCUAAAUAGCUAGUGAGUACAUAUGGUUUUAUGUUUUGCCGGUAACUUUUAUUUUUAAAGGCUAGCUUUGAAUGUAAUCAUUAGAAUAAAUGACCAGUGGCUUAUUUUUCAUGUCUACUUCCAAGAAUUUGAAACUAGAAUCUGGUUGCAGCACUUUGAGAAUGCAGUGUCCUAUCUAAGCUUUUAUAAUGCCUUUUAAAGUAGCAGGAAACCAUACACUACAUGUUUUUAAUUGACUGUUACAAGUAAUUUCUUGGUUAGGUUUUAAUUUUGAUUAAAUCAGUGAGUUUAGAUUGUGAAGUCCAUGAUGGGAGACAACUUAGUGAAAAGUCUUUCCUUAAUUAGCAUGGAAAAAUAAUCUAAAUUGUCAUCUCACUUUCUGCUGUAAUGAAAACACUAAAAAAAAAA